UUCUCGUUUUCUUCCUGAGAGAGCGGUUGUUCGGCUCCCUUUCCCUUCCCUUCCCCCUCGCCCGGUCCCGUCCCUCGCCGCUUCCUUCCUCCUGUCUUGCCAUGGAUGGUGUUGUUACAGAUCUUAUAGCAGUCGGUUUAAAGCGUGGAUCUGAUGAGCUUCUUCCUUCUGGUAUCACAUACGGGCCUCUUACGAUGAGCAGUUCUACUCCUGCUACAGCUAAUGGGAAUGACAACAAGAAAUUUAAAGGAGACAGAUCUCCCUGCUCCCCUUCUCGAGUUCUUCAUCUUCGUAAAAUUCCAAAUGAUGUCACUGAAGCAGAAGUAAUUUCUCUAGGUGUACCUUUUGGCAAAGUAACCAAUCUCUUGAUGUUGAAGGGAAAAAGCCAGGCUUUUCUAGAAAUGGCUUCAGAAGAAGCUGCUAUUACUAUGGUGAACUACUACACUCCUGUUACUCCGCACCUUCGCAGUCAGCCUGUUUAUAUUCAGUAUUCCAAUCAUAGAGAACUUAAGACUGACAAUCUACCCAACCAGGCUAGAACUCAAGCUGCAUUACAAGCAGUGAACGCUGUGCAGUCUGGAGGCAUGGCCCUCACAGGUGCUCCAGUUACUGAGAGUGGGCUGCCUCCUGUUCAGAGUUCUGUUCUUCGAAUUAUCGUGGAAAAUCUCUUCUAUCCUGUUACUCUAGAAGUCCUAUAUCAGAUCUUCUCCAAGUUUGGAACAGUUUUGAAGAUCAUAACUUUUACAAAGAACAAUCAGUUUCAAGCCUUGCUUCAAUAUGCUGAUCUUCUGAAUGCACAGUAUGCCAAAAUGGCUCUGGAUGGUCAAAAUAUUUAUAAUGCUUGCUGCACUCUUCGUAUUGAUUUCUCUAAGCUAACAAGCCUUAAUGUAAAAUAUAACAAUGAUAAAAGCAGAGACUUCACACGUCUGGACCUUCCUUCAGGGGAUGGGCAGCCUUCCCUCGACCCCACCAUGGCUGCUGCCUUUGGCACUCCAAGUAUCAUCUCCUCACCUUAUGCAGGGGCAGCUGGUUUUGCUCCUGCCAUUGGCUUUCCCCAAGCUGCAGGUUUAUCAGUCCCGGCUGUUCCUAGCGCACUUGGUCCUCUUGCAAUUUCCACCUCUGCAAUGACUGGGCGGAUGGCUCUCCCUGGAGUUACAGGAUUGCCUGGAAAUUCUGUCUUACUUGUUAGCAAUCUCAAUCCUGAUGCAAUCACACCAGAUGGGCUUUUUAUCUUGUUUGGUGUUUAUGGUGAUGUCCACCGUGUAAAAAUCAUGUUUAAUAAGAAGGAAAAUGCCUUAGUUCAGAUGGCAGAUGCAACUCAAGCCCAACUAGCCAUGAAUCAUUUAAAUGGACAAAAACUGUAUGGAAAAGUGCUCCGUGUUACACUCUCAAAGCAUCAGACAGUACAGCUCCCUCGUGAGGGUCAAGAGGACCAGGGUCUAACCAAGGACUAUAGCAGUAGCCCUUUGCAUCGCUUUAAGAAACCUGGCUCCAAGAACUUCCAAAAUAUCUUCCCUCCAUCUGCCACUCUUCACCUCUCCAACAUUCCGCCUUCUAUCACAGUUGAUGACCUGAAGAAUCUUUUUGCUAGUACUGGAUGUACUGUGAAAGCCUUCAAAUUCUUUCCAAAAGACCACAAAAUGGCUCUUAUCCAAUUGGGCACUGUGGAAGAAGCAAUCCAGGCCCUUACUGAGCUUCAUAAUCAUGACCUUGGAGAAAAUCAUCACCUCAGAGUUUCCUUUUCUAAAUCUACAAUCUGAAUCUGAUGCAUUGAGGACCUUUUGGAGUUCAACGCUUUGCCCAUAAUUCCAGUAAAAAAUUCAGGCAGAGACCAUAGUAGACAAAACCAAUGCUGCAUCCUUGAACAAUGAAACUUGUGUGGUUCAUGUGUACUUCUAUACAUUGUAACAAAUCAUGGGGUUACCUUUCCAUAUCUUUUGCUCUAAUGGCAAAUAGUCCUCCACAAAGUUUUCUGUUAAUAAUCUACCAUCUUUAGUAGAACCCAUCUUUUUUUUUUUUUUGGUGAUUUCAGGAACAUAAUUUUAGUUUUUACUCCCAAACAAUGUUACACAACAUUUCUGUUCCCUGUCAAACAAUUUGACCAAUGGAAUGUUUUAAAAAUAAUUUUAGCAAAUUACUUUAUAUAAUAAUUACAUUCAAAAUAUUUUUUGGUGGGAAUAUAUUUUUUUUUACCAAUUAGCUAAUGUUUUAAUCAUUCUCUACUGAAAAUAUUGGAGAAAAGGCAGUGCUUUAUUUCUCCAUGGAGUAAACUAAUGAAAUUCAAUAAAUUCUGUAACCAACACAGGUAAAUUGUCCUAAGGUGACCUUGUUGACAAUUCUAACUAGGCAUUAAAUCAUGGAGUGAGAGAUAACUUAGCUGUUGUUACUAUGAGAUGAAGUGUAAUAAGAUAUUGGAGAAAAUGUAAGAAGAAAUAUGUCCUGAUUUCAAGUUUUGUACAUUUCUUUCAGAAAAAAAAUUUGUUUACACUCCUAAGGAAAAAAAAAACAGGUCUGUCAUAUGGUUUGACAGAUUUUUAGAAAGGUUAUUUUUGGUAAGGUCUUGUUUAAAAAUAUAAAGUUAAACCUCAAGGGUUUUUUGUACCACUAUAAUCUCUAAUACUUAAAUCAGAAUUACUGUGUAUUUACUUAAUUUCUUAUGUGCCUUAUUAUGUGCUUAUAAUGAUAUAAUAGUUUAGAAUUUUAUCUGAAAUAUCUUUAACUGUAUUGUGGCUUUGUGAUAUUUUUUCCCUUUGUCUUAGUUUUUAAACAUUUGGUGAUUUUAAAGAUGUUUUUAAUAAUUAAUAGUCAAAUCAGAUUUUGGUGCUUUGGUAUAGGGAUGGGUAGGUUGGGACUGAAGAUAACUCAGUGCACAUCCUUCUAGGCCUCUUCACAAUAUUUUAGGGGUUGCAGUUGAGCGGUGCCCUUGUUGGGCUAUAGAGAAUGUUCUCAGUUUCUGGUUGAUAUCUAACAGUUGAGUUACUGACUCUGAGAAUAUUUUGCCUCAGGAUUCUUUUCACCCAACAGUAAUGGGCUUGUUGUGCUCAGUGCAGAUGGGCUUACAUUCAUAAAUGUCAAAACUUCAGGACUGAAUGUUCGCUCCUUUUUGGAGAGGAAGAUGCAAUCUUACUAUUUUUUUGUGAAAUAUAGGUAUACUCAAGUUAUUUCUAUGAUUGUAAUACAAUGUUUUUAGAGGUGUCUCGAGAUGUUAUGUCUACUGAAAAAUUUCACUGUUUUAUAAAAUAUUCCUCUCGUAAAUAAGGAUGGUUAAUCCUUUCCAUUGAUUUGAAAAUGGAGACAAAGAUUUAGAAAAAGAAAUGGAAUGUGACAAUAUGUAGUGUGCUCAUUGUCUUCAGAAUGUUUAGUAGGUCAGAUCAUUCUGUGAAUACCAGCUUUUGCUUGGCUAAAAGAAUUUCACAGCUUUAGAUCAAUCUCUAAACUCCUUUAAAUGAUAAAACCAUAAGUUACCUUUGAGAUGCAAGUUUCUUACUAACAUUGCUGUAGCAUGAAAGGAUACGCAGUGAGACACUGGCUGCCUUAAAUUUAUACAGUUGUGCGUGGAAGAUAGUUUGUUGAUAAUUACAAUUUGGACACUUGAUUAGCAUGUGUAUGUUUUGUUUUGUCAACGUGUGUUUCUUUAUGUAAAGCUACACUAGUGUCCAGUAAGAUCUGAUCCCACUCUAACUAUGACUUGCAGCUGUUUGAAAAUAACAGUCAAUUAAAAUAAACCAACCCUAGGGUAGCAAUGUAUUUUCUUAGUUUAGCAAAGUGAUUAAAACGAGUGCUUGAUUCUGGUAUGGCACAUGAGCCUUAGUAUGUCCCCUUCAUUCUAUCAAUUUUAGUGGACCAUGGCUCAAAGUAAGUAUAUUCAGGAUGACAGCCCCUUAAGCCAUUAUAUAGCUUCUUGGAUUAGAGAACCAAUAAAUUUGCCUCAUUUUGUAACUUGCUAAAUUACUUUUAGGCUUGGUCACCAUGUGUUUAAUGCUGCUACAGAGGGGGGUGUAAUUGGAGUUGAUGAAUGUAACUGAAGCAGGAAAAAAAUGAGAGCAUUAAUGUGUAUAAUAUCAAGAGUGUUGUGUGUGUGCGCGUGCGCAUGUCUAUUAUGUGAAAUACCUUAUGUUUUAUGGUGAUAAACAUUGCAAGCAUUUAAUUUAUUGAUUUUACUAAUCUUAAAAACAAAACAAUUUUGUAGCAUUAAGAGAAAUACAUGGACAAUUUAACAUUAAAAAAUACCUUAGUUCCUAUAAGACUUCCUACUUCCAGUCUUGAGUUUUUGGACAUAUAAUUAUAGUUACAUGCUGGCAAAUGUUUUGGAUUUUAUGUUGGAUAUAUUCAUUUUGUGAGGUCUCAUAAUUAUAUUAUAUUCUAUAUAAAUCAUGGUUGUAGUGUACAUGUGUUUAACAUUGAGUUUGAUUUUAUUUGGCAAGCUUGUUUUUCCAUGAGUUGCAAAUAUAAGAAAUGGCAGUACAAACUUUGCAUUUAAAACAGGAAUUCCAUUUACAGCAAUAGCUUGAUUUUCUCCUUCUGGUCAAAUGUUUUAGAAGGCAACCUCUUGAAUUUGGAUUAAGAAAAAAGCAGACGUUACCAUUUCUUGUCCUUUUAUUCCUUUGCUGCAGAACGUUAGCAACAGAUAAUUAAUGUUAACAUAGAAUAUUAAGGGGCUUAAUUAAGGAUGUGGUUAUUGGGUAGCAUAAUUUUCUGCAGAAAUUGCCUUGUCAAACACCCUAGUAUAGGAAAUUAAUUUUCCAAAUUAUUUGAUCACGUUAAUCAGUUUUUGUUCUCUUAGCCUUUAUUUUCCGUAGUUAAGCUGUAAAGCUCUGUGGUCCUUGCAAUUCCUUUGGAAGUGCAGUUGAAGUAACAAUCUUUAUCAGGCAUUUCUGUCACCUCUAGUAUUCGGGUUGAAGCAUUGAAGAUAAUUGGUUUUUAAUCAAUGUAUAGUGCAUAUUUAUAUACAUACAAGGUAGCAGCAGAGGUGCCCUUUUGUAUAUUGAAUAGUGCUUUUUAUGAAUGGGGAUUUUGCAGUUUCAUAAAUCAACAUUAUUUGUGAUGGAAAUGCCUUCUAAAUUAGAGAAUGUGGCAUAUUCCUAAUCUGACAGCAAUACAUCAGAGCUAAAAUGCCUUCAGAAAGAUCCAAGUUCAAGCCUCCUUGGGGUGUGGAGGGCCUAAGUUUAAAACAGUAUUGGCUCACAUUUUCAACCAAGUAAUCACCCACAGUCCUUAGGAAUCUUACUCCUAGAGGUAAAGCCAUAAUAGCUUAACAAUGAAACACACACUGUGGCUACCUUUGAAUGUAAGAUGGGAAGAAAAAUUCCUAAUUUUUCUCUUUCAAGGCUGGCUCAGGAAGGAUGACUGCAUUAUGCUGGCAGAACUGCAACCUCUUACAGCCUCUUCAUACCAUGCACUCUGUCUUUAGUAAUAAAUUGGUAUAUAUGUGCCCAAAUUUUAAUAUGUAAUCAGUGGUUCAGUUUCAGUAUUGGUCCACAGUUUUUUUUCUAUCAAAGUAACAUUCAUUUGAAGCCUUGCCCUAACUUGGUUGCCUUCCCUGUUUCUCACCUUUUGUACUCUUACUGUGCUUGAAGGAUACUCUGUAGGCCAGUGUUUCUCAACCGUGGCGACUUUAAGCUGUGUGAACUUCAACUCCCAGAAUUCUGAGAGUUGAAGUUCACACAGCUUAAAGUUGCCAAGAUUGAGAAACACUGCUGGUAGGCUUUUUGUGCCUAUAUUUUCAAAAGUAGCCUUGAGUUGUCUGUGCAGCAUCUCUUUUUCCCAGACUGAAAGGCUCCAUGUACAAUGGAAACCUACUCUAAAGUUUAGCAUGUAGGGUGCAUUUUGCGAAGGAAGUCCAUUGCUGCCUAUUUCAGUAUGUCUGAGUAAGGCCAUGGUGGUGCUUCUGGGAAUAGCAAAUCUGAGCUGUGCCCUUCCAGUCUUCAUCUUGUCAUAUAUAGCAUAUAUUGCUAUGUUCAGAGGAGCAGAGCUGAGUAGAUAACUGUAUUAAAGCCAUUUUGUUUGCCUUGACACUCUUAUGGACUAGUAAUUUUAAUUACAACUGCCAGAUUUGAAUUGGUGUGCUGAAAACUGUUGAAGUUUGCACAAAUAUGUUCUUGAAGCAAACACUCCUAAUUGUCUUUGCAAAAAUCUGUAUGUAGUAUAUGAGACUGUUCUUAAUUUUUAAAGCAAAUCUUAACAAUUAGGAAUUACUUUUUAAAGAUCGAAAGCUUCAGAAAUCUAAUUUCAGGGUUUUUACAAAGAAGAAAACAAAAUGGGACCAAAGUUUAUGUGCCUUCAGUAGAUUUCUGUAAUUUUUUUUUGCUAUCUCUUUCAGUCUUUAAAAUAAGUACUCUUGUGUUCAAAGAAAUGUGCAUUUAUAUAGAGUAAAAUACCAAAUGACCCAUGAACACAUAAUGUCAUUAUGUGCAGUUGGUUGCUUACUAUUUCAGUCAGUUUAUACUCUUUCUUUUUGCUUUCUACCAUUGUUACAUGGAUCAUGCCGCGCCAUGCAGGAUUCAAGACAUCUGGCUUUAUGGUUCUCACAGUAGGUUUUAACUUGGAAAAUAAUAAAUUUGUAGGAGGAUCCUUAUAUCCAAAGAUCCUCUAUUAUAAAUGAGCUCUUGCAGAAAUUCCCAUUCUUGGAUUAAUGUGCAUUAUUAGUGAUGAUGGGUGGAGGAGGAAACCCUAACCAGUUAUAUUUUUGAUUAAUCUCUUUAAUUGUGUUUUCAUUUUCCCCCCAAUUCAUUCUCCAGUUUCUGGGGGGGGGGAAAUCAUCCCACCUUCUCAAAAUACAGUUGCCGACCAAACAAAAUGUUGCAUCAGAUUGUCACCUCAUUUGCAAUGACCAAAGAUUGCUUGCUCUGGUUUUACUGAGACAUCUUGCCAGUUCUCUCUUGAGAUAUUUUUCUUGAAAGACUCCAUGUAAGGUGGCCUUUUAUGCGGUUGCUGUUGGUGAACGGACUAAUUAAUGAGAUGAGAGACAAGUUUUUUAAAAAAAUGUGAACCAAAUGAAAUGGCCUAAGUGAAGGGGUGUGGAUGUUUAAUACUGUAUUCAGAGAAAUAAAGGCACACAAUUACAGGAGCCAGACAUUCCCUAAUUUUCAUGUGUUCACGAAUCCCUUUUUAAGUUUGUAAAAAUAUUCAUCUAACACAAAAAAAUGCUGUAAAUAUUUGUAACAACAUUUUUUUACCUGGCAAAAAAAAAAGGUUUUUGGGAACAAGUAUAAAAUGGUUUUUAUAUUAUUAAAAAAAAGAACAUCAAUUGUCUUGUAUAUUUUGAUAAGCAACAGUACCAGCUUUUGUUUGUUAAGCAGCUUGUGGCAUUGGAGGGGAGAAAGGAUUCCAUGUUGAGAUGACUUGAUGUUAUAAAUGCAAAGAAGUUGAAAUAUUAAAGAAACCUAUUUUCUAA